AUGGAAGCUGAAUCGGUUAGAGGCCCAUCUUCUUGUUGCAUUCUUCUAGCCUUUCUCUUUCUGAUGGUCUUUAGCUCAUCAAACAUGAAGACCUGCACCUGCUUAGCGACAAACACUAGCAACCCCAACACCACCGAUUUCAUUCGAACUUCCUGUGGUGUGACUACGUACCCCCAGCUUUGUUACACUUCUCUCUCUUCCUUUGCAAGUUCCAUCCAAGCCAACCCUAGGAAGCUGGCUCAAACAGCACUCAACAUAAGCAUAACAAGCGCCCAAUCCACAUCAGUCUUGGUCUCCAAGUUAUCACAACGCCGUGACCUGAAGACUUGGGAGGCGGCCACCGUGAAGGACUGCGUCGACCAAAUUGAGGACUCCAUUGAUGAGCUCAAGCAGUCUCUAGAGCAGUUGCAGAAGCUGGAGGGACCUGGCAUUGAUUUCAAGAUGAGCAACAUAAAGACAUGGUUGAGUGCAGCUCUGUCGAAUGACGAGACAUGUAUGGACGGCAUCGACGGCAAGGACAUCAACGAGGAGGUCAACAGCACGAUCAAGAAGAGUAUUCUUAACGUUGCCAAGCUCACCAGCAAUGCUUUGGCCAUAAUCAACCAUCUCACCUAA